AUGGGAGCUGGCACACUCGCCCCACCCUCGUUACCCACGGGCCAGUCCUGGAGGAAAAGACCGGCAGCUUGCUAUGGCAUUGUUCAAGUACCCACUGGACCAUGGUUUUGCAGGAAAUGUGAAUCUCAGGAGAGAGCAGCCAGAGUGAUGAUAUGCAAUUCCUCUUGGUUAGCCUUUUCUGGAAACGUCCCUCCUGGAUACACAGAACAUCACUGCGCAUGCCCAUCUCCCCUCCCCCGAUGCCUGGUAUCUAAUGUUCCUCCAGUUUCUGGUGCUCUAAUGCAUUGCUUUUGGAUUUGUCUUACUGCAGCGGCUUUGUUUGGUCCUAAGUCAUUUACCACUUGUCAUAUGUCCUUUCAAGUUUCCAGGGAUAGUCUUUUUUAUAUUUAUGGCUUUAUGCCCUUUAUCUCAGUUGUCAUUUGGCGUUUCAAGAAGGAGAGGUGGUAGUCUUUAAGUGGAAUUAACUACUUGUGUUUCUGAUGUGGUCUUUUUAUGUUUCUGACAGGGUCUUGUUUUACCAAGUACUAGUCAUCAGUCUAUCCUGUUUACUUGAUUUUUUUCCCAUUCAACUCACAAACAUUUUUGAAUCGUCUCAUGAAUUCUGCUUUCCAUUUACAUUUUUGCCCUUUUAUCUUUUCCUCAUCGCUGACAAGCUUCCUGAAAAAAUAAAACUAGUUGAUGUAUUCACUUCUU